CAGCUGCUUAGAGGAAAUUUAGGGCACAUGGAGACAGACCGAUGGCAUCCGCUUCGCGGUGGAUGGAGCCAGCUGCAAGACUUGGUGGAAUUUGAAUGGUGCAGAACCUUCAUCCUGCUGAGUUGUUUCCUGUUUCCCUUGGCUCAUGCCCGGCGACGACGUCGCAGAAUGCCCGUUCAGUUUCGCUCUGUGGAUGACUCCCAGGUUCGAGCUUUCGUUGGGGUUGGCCUUUGCAUUCAUUCCUUGUCAGCGGCCUGGAUUUUGCUGCCCAUCUUCAUUGACCACAAGAUCGCUGCGGACCCGGCCCUGCCGGGGUUGACAGAGGAGACCCUGACAAUCACCACCACUGCUAUCUUUGGCGGUUGGGUGGUGGGUUCCCUCUUCCUUCAACACCUGAUGUCGGCUUUCGACAAAGCUCAGCUGAUCGUAGCUGGCUGCAUAGGGCUCCUGAUGGUCGCCCUGGCAACUGCGACGCUGCCACAUCUGACGGCAGGAAACCUGGCAGUCUUCACAGCUGUGAGAUUUGUACAAGGACUCCUGCAGAACAUCGUAUUUCUCGAGACGGUCUAUGUGCAAGAAGCUGUGCCUCCAGGUUGGGGCAAUGCAGCCUUAGUGUCCGCCAACGUGGGGUUUUGCCUGGUGGAUAUUCUACAAGCCUUCCUCUGUGGGGGACCCAUGCUGUUGUGGGACUGGCGGCUUCAGGUGUUCCUGUCUCAAUCCGUGCCGUUGCUCCUGGCGCUGCUCAUCGGCUUCCCGAAGCGCUGGGAGAUCCUGUGCUCUCUGCCAGCGGCCAGCAAGGCACUGUGGAAGAAGGAAGAGGUGAGUGCUGAGUCCACCAGCCUGACAGCUAAAGAAUGGCACCAUGGGAUGGCACUGGCCAGCGGUUUCCUGGCGAGUUGCAGCGGCUUCUGGGGUCUGAGCUAUUCAGCUGGACAGCUCUCCCCCAACAAGUACAGAAGCAUGAUGUUCUUUAGCGCCGCUGACAUCUUUGGCUAUCUUUUAGCCCUGAGCGCCAGUAGUUUGGGACGAAGCCGGGUUCAAGCGGGAGCUUUCUUUUUGGCCACGGUGUGUUUGUUUCUCUGCAGCACUGGUGAACCUGGAAGUGCUCUGGUGAUGGGUUCAGCGAUGCUUGGGCGAAUCUGCUUGGACUUGUGCUUUACCACGAUCUACGCGUUUGUUGAGAUCUUCUCUGAGUCUGCGCGCAAGAAGGUGCUCCCGGCUUGUGAGAUGACCAUGCGCAUUGGAGGCACCUUGGCCCCCUACGCGGGCACCCUGCCGCCCUCGAUUUCCUGCAAACUCUUCAGCUUUCUUUGCCUGGCAGCGGCAUUGGGGAGUUUGCAGCUGCCAGACCAGCCUCAUUCAGCCCUCAAAAAAAAACUGGCAGAUUGGUGAAACAAAUCUGUGAGAAUCCGAUCUUAUCGCGUCGCCUUGCUUGUUGCAGCCACCCCCGCGAUGAAUGAUGUUCCUUUGCUGAUGCAGAGGGCCCGGUGAGCAUGUUGCGGCAACGAAUCUGGUGCACCAAGUGCUCACCGGAAUUUCGUGACGCUUUUUGUGGGUUAAAUCAUGUUAAAUCUUGGGUCAUGUUGACAGGUGAAGAUUUGUUGACAUCCAAAAUAGACCUGAUUUUCCAACACCAUUCUUUCGUCCAAAGACGAAUCUGAAAGGUGGGUCCAUCCCAUACUUCGAUCUAUAUCCCUGCCCGAUUUGCUGAUUCGACAAUGUGGCAGUCUGCAAAAUGCUGGGAU